AUGACUGGUCCGUUGUUAUAUGCUAGAACGCCCGAAGGGUUACUGUUCAGAUCAGCUGCGACUUCUGAAAAAUCUGAUACUGUGAUCCAAUUGUCUGCCAGGGAUCAGACUGUUAGUGUUGUUGGAUUGGAAGAGUUCCCCUUGCAAGGUAAGAUCACUAAAGUUGCCGCUUUGUUGGGAUUUAUUAAAUUGAAGUUGAACAGAUAUGUGGUCAUUGCUAACAGAGUCGAAGAAAGCGGUAGAUUGGAUCGCCAUACUUUUUACAAGGUGGUAGAUCACUCAAUUAUUCCUGUAAAGGAAAAUGCUCGGGUAGACUCAGAUGAGUCCGAAUAUUUGAAGUUGUUGGAAAUGCAAUUGAAUCAUUCAACGUUGUACUUCUCUUACACUUAUGAUUUGACCAAUUCAAUGCAAAGAAAUGAGAAAAUAGGAUCUUCUUCGUGGAAGACUGCUGACACACGAUUUUUCUGGAACCACUAUUUGACUGAAGAACUACGAAAUCUAGCAGACGAUCACGAGAGUGUGGCAGCUUUGAUUCAGCCGGUCAUUUACGGCUACGCCAAGGUAGUUGAUAGAGUAUUCAACGGCUCUUCUAUCUCAAUUGGGUUGAUCUCAAGACGUAGCAGGUUUAGAGCUGGUACUAGAUACUUCCGUCGUGGUAUUGACGAAGACGGUAACGUUGGUAAUUUUAAUGAAACAGAGCAGGUUUUGGCGGUGCAAAACUUGCAAGAUGGCAGUGUCAAUCAUUUCUCUUUUCUUCAAACCAGAGGUUCUGUCCCAGUUUACUGGGCAGAGAUCAACAACUUGAAAUACAAGCCCAGUUUGGUUAUUGGCGAACAAUCAGCAUUGGAUGCAGCAAAGAAGCAUUUCGAAGAACAGAAAAAGUUGUACGGCCAAAACUAUUUGGUGAAUUUAGUCAACCAGGGUGGGCACGAAUUGCCUGUCAAAGAAGCGUAUGAAUCGACAGUACAUGCGUUGAAUGAUCCAAUGCUUCACUACAUCUAUUUUGAUUUCCACCAUGAAUGUCGGAAAAUGAGAUGGUUCAGAGUCAAGUUAUUGAUCGAUCAUCUGAAAGAUAUGGGUCUCAAGAAUACCGAUUUCUUUCAUGUUGUUACUAUUUCCAACGGUGCUACUAGGGAGGUUCUUAGUGAACAAAAAUCCGUUGUGAGAACAAAUUGUAUGGAUUGUCUAGAUAGAACAAAUGUUGUUCAGUCUGUUUUGGCCCAUUGGGUUUUGCAAAAGGAGUUUGAAAGUGCCGGUGUGAUAACAAACGGGGCCGCCUGGGAAACUGAUGGAAAGUUAUUAUCAACUUUCCAAAACUUUUGGGCUGAUAAUGCAGAUGCUGUCAGUUGUGCAUACUCAGGUACUCGCGCCUUAAAGACUGAUUUUACCAGAACUGGUAAACGUACCCGUACAGGAGCUUUUAACGAUUUUAUCAAUUCAGCCUCGCGUUACUAUCAAAAUAACCUAGCGGAUGGUCCCAGACAGGACUCUUAUGACUUAUUCCUGGGAAACUUUAAGCCUUACAUGACUUCAAUCCAGUCUCCUUUCCCAGAUAGAAGGCCACUGUAUAUCCAGUUUAUGCCAACGGUACUCUAUGCAGCAUUAACUGUCUUAGGUGCCACCGUUAUUUUUCCAAAAGAUCACUUCACAAGCAGUAAGAAUCUAGCAUUCUUUUUGGGCGCUGCUGUUAUUUUGUUCGUUUCAGGCCGCUUUUUGAUUCAAAAUGGCCUACAAUACGUUAGUUGGCCAAAAUUAGUCGACGUUGGUUUCUUAGUGGUUCAACAAACUCAUAACAAAGAAAAAGAGUUCAAGGGACUCAAAUACAUUCCAAGCUCUAAGUUCGUCAAGCCCAAUGUCGGAAAGAAGGACUAG